AUGGCCCCCACCUCACUACCAACUCCAUAUGACUUUCCGAGACUGAGAGUCUCGGUUCAUCUCGAGGAUGACACCAGGUUCCUCGCUCAAGAUGACCCAGUGCCUGAAUUUUUCGAUGUCAAGUUCUGCCCCUACCAGCCGUUGGACGCGAGACCCGUCUUUGCCGCCGUCAGUAAGAAACACAUAAUAGUUUGCCGUCUCACGGCAGCUGCCGAUGACUCGAAUCCAUGUGAAAUUAUCAGCAUAAUUCGGGAUGACGAUACCGAGGCAAGAAAUUACUCCUGCACUUGGACAAGGGACGCAGAGACCGGAAGGCCCUUGUUAUGCUACGGCGGCGAGGAUGCCAAGAUCAAGGUUUACGACAUUAUCGAGCAGAAGCUCGUCGACUGUCUCGUUGGCCACGGCGGAGUGAGCCAUGCCCGUAGUCUCACUUAUCAUAGGCUCUUGCUGAUGAACCUUCAGGACGUUUGUGACGUGGUGACUUCUCCAAUAGACCCCCUAAUUAUCGCCUCGUGUUCCGAUGACACGACAGUCCGAAUAUGGAGUCUAGACCCAAAACAUGAGAAGCAGCCUUGCCUGUGUAUUCUUGGAGGCGAGGGCCACUACUGGAACUUGCUUACACUGGCGUGGCACGACACGGGCCGAUACAUACUUUCUGCCGGUCACGACCAGAUAAUUAACCUCUGGACAGUACCAGACCUGCCGAUCGAGCACACCGACCGCCCAGUGGAGGUUCACUAUCCUCACUUUUCAACAUCAGAGGUUCACAGCAGCCUUGUGGAUUGUGUAUCCUUCUUUGGCGACUUUAUCCUGUCUCGAGCCUGUCACGACGAUGUGAUCGUCUUGUGGAAGAUAGAAGGCUUCUCCUCCCAGGACCCGCCCCCUCCGCAGUCCAUGGCCCCAACUACCAUCAACCCGGCCAAUCUCACCCGAUCUGCCUUCAGCCCGGGCGUUUCGGCAGAAUGUCCAGCUCCCUACACCCGGCUCAUCGAGUUCCAGACGCUCGGUUGCGGCCCGCAAUUCUUUAUGCGAUUCAAGCUGCACUUCGUACCUGACCAGCACCCCAUUCUGGCCUUCUGCAACGCCAACGGCAAGAUCUAUUUUUGGGACUUUGAGCAAAUAACAGGCUUCCAUGAUUAUGUCAACGCCGUCAAGAGACCCAGGAGAGACGGGGAGGAAGUCUUGCCAAAGCCCACGUGGUUGCCGGCCAUCACCCAUCGUGCCAACACCAACGGCAAGGCGGCACCGACGGUCCGAGAGAAGAAGGCGGCCGACAAGGCUCACCGGACGGAGCUUGAGCAGAUUCCCGAGUUGAGGACCCAGUACAACCAGGAAACGCUGCAAACAUGGGAUGGCAAGUUUACCGUCGGCAAUCCUCAGGUGCCUCUGAAACCCCAUAAGAUAGAAAAUUGCGGCGCGUCGACUUUCGUGGGUAGACAGGUCGCUUGGAGCCCCGGAGGUGAAUGGUGCGUUGUUGUGGGCAGCUCCAACUUCGCCCUAGUUUUUCAGAGAUGGGUACCCAGGAAGGAUGCGUGA